AUGCAGCCUGCAAAGCCUUGGAGCAUUGGCUCGCAACCUUUGCACAUGGGGAGCUCUUACAGCGACCCCUCGAACGAAGACGUGGCACCGGGCUUUCAUGCCAAGUUGCAGCGUCUCACGGCUAACGGUUGCUUCAGCCUGGUGGAAAAGAGGCGCACCUCUACCGCACCGGCGAUUCUGGAAGUCUCGGUGGACUUGAUUGUAGCUUGCCUUCUCGGGGAUCGGCCCACGGUGUCACUUGCCGUCUUUGGUGAGGCCAUCGAGCAUGCGCUGUCGACCGGAGAGACGGAUGCUGUGCUGCUGGCAACGGAGCUUGCUGGUGAGUCUGCAGAGGGUCUAGCUGCACUCGUGGGGCAGCAUCCAGUCGAUGCUGUCACCUCAUUGGCGACAUCUCCUGACCCGGAUGCACUUCACAGGUUCCUGCUUUGGCUGCCGAAGAACCUGGAUGGAAGCGUGGACUGGGCGACUGCUGAGGAGUGGAGAGCUUCAUCGGUCAAAUCUUCCAAAGCCGGGUAG